AUGGAUCGCGCCACGCCGCGCGCUCGCGGCCGCCGCGGCGUAUCCCAAGCGGCGGUGGAAGCGGCGCCGUCCUCCUCCCGCGCGCGCCGCCGCGAUAGGGCGCCCGUCGUUGUCAUCGACCUCGGCGACGACGAAGACGAGGACUGCGGCGGUGGUGGCGGGGCCAGGAAGACGGUGGGUGGCGCUGCAGGCAGGCGCGGGGGCUCCACGGAGGUUCCUCCGCCUCCGCCGCCGAUGAUGGUGCCGGCGGGAGCGGUGGCGAUGCGGACACGAUCGAGGAGGCGGGCGAUGCAGGCGGCGGCCGUGGCGGAGGAGGCGCCGACGACGAAGAGGAGGAAGAGAGGAGCGACCCCAGAUGCCGCGGAGGCGUCCCGUGGCCGGGGGAGCAAGGCCGCUGCGGCCUCCAGGGCGACGUCGAGGGAUAAGCGGCGCGCUGGGGCCUCGAGGUCGACGUCGAGAGAUAAGCGGCGCGCGCGCUCGGGACGAGCCUCGGAGCGAGCUCGCGCGGGCCGCGCGCGCAAGCGCAAAGGCAACGAGUCGGGGGCGGAAACAGAGGUGGAGGCCCCCGCUCGGAGGGAACGUGCGAAGGCGCCAUGUGUCAGUGAAAGUGAUGACAACGGCGGGCGAGGCGAUGACGCUUCUGAUGACAGGAACGCGGAGCCUCGCGCCGGGGUCGCCAUUGGCGCUGCUGAUCUGGUUAACGGGGAUCGUCGGAUAGCUAAAGCUGAGGAUCAUAUCGAGGAGCAUGACGGAGACCAGGAGAACAGUGCUGUGAAUUUGAAUGAUGACUUGGUCUCAGGUGAUGCAGGGGCAGUGGAAGGUGCUGGUGAUGAGGACACAAGAGGGAACAGUGGCCUGGCAUCGACUGCUGAUGUGGUUGCUGAGGAGAUGGCACCCUUUGAAGAUGAUUACGAUGAUGAGAUGUUGGAGGAGCAGCUUGUUGGAGAUGUGAUCCGUGCUUACAGUAAUGGCAGAAACUUUGAUGCAGAUGGAGUGGAUUGGGAGGCAGAGGAUGAGAUGGAGUUCGAUGAUGAUGCUGACAAUAGUGAUUUUAUGGAUGAUGCUCACGAUAGUGAUUUUGUGAAUGAUGCUGAUGAAGGUGGCAAGUCCGGUGAUGAUGCUGACAAUAGUGAUUUUAUGGAUGAUGCUCACGAUAGUGAUUUUGUGAAUGAUGCUGAUGAAGGUGGCAAAUCUGAACCAAUGCAAAAUCAUGCUAAGAUGGAAAUACAAGACUUGGUGAACCAGAAAGUUGUUUCGGGUGGAGGGGGGUGUGAGGAGGAGGGGGGCGAGGGGGGUCAGGAGGAAGAGUUGGGUGUGAGAAAGGAAGCAGAUAAGGAGGACGUGGAACCAAAGAGUGAAGCAGCUCCAGGUUCUGAUCAAGGGGGCUUGCACUCAGAAAUUCUGGGCUCUGAUGAGGAAAUCAAGGUGCUUGAAAAUAUGAGUAGUGCCCUCUCCAGGAAGGUGUCAGUUCAAUCGAAGUUACCAACUAUUCCAUCUUGUGUUGCAUGGAGGACUCGAUCCUCAUGGGGGAUAAAUCAAGAUAGACUAUCAUACAAUACGUAUUUUGAGGCAUUAUCUGAUGAGCCGAAAGAGGAUGAUGAUGAUACAGAGGUGGAACUUGAUGAAGAUGAGGAUGACAACAAUGACGACGACAGUAGUGACACUUAUGAUAAAGAUGACGAAGAGAAGGAGGAAGAGGAAGAGGAAGAAGAGGCUGAAAGGAGAAAACUCAAUAACGGGAUUUACACAUCAGAUGAUGACAUGAUCAAUAUUACCGUUCCUACCUCAAGGUAUGAUAUGUUCGAGAAAAAAAAUACCUCAAGAUAUGAUAUGUUCGAGAGAAAAAAUACCUCAAGAUAUGAUGUGUUCGAGAAAAACAAUACCUCAAGAUAUGAUAUGUUCGAGAAAAAAAAUACCUCAAGAUAUGAUAUUGAGUGGGUGGAGGAUGAAGAUGAAGAUGCAAAUGUUGAUAUGUUACAGCCAAUCUCCUUUAAGAAAGAAAGCUGCUGGAACCCUGUGGCUGUUGGCAAUGACACAUUUACUGAGCAACAAAAGCAAUCACGAUUUACUUGGGAGCUUGAGAGGAGGAAAAAGCAUAAGCUUGGGAUGAAGACAAAUCCUUUGUAUGAACGGGAUUUGAACUCAGAUUCGAACUCAUCAGGUUCUGACCAGAUCAGAAAGUAUGGCUUCAAACGUGAUGGGAGUCAUAAAGUUGAUAGGAAAAAGAAGCAUACAUCGUCCAAAUCGGGCAAGAAAUCCAGCAGUGCAAUCAUGCUAAAGCGGCAGUCUCUUCUGAAGCUUUUGGUAGAUAAAAUGAGUGGCGAUAAAAGUUUAGAAUCUUUUCCAUUUGAUCAGAAUCCUCAGCUCCAUUUUAUUUUCAAAGAAAUGCAUCCGUUGGUAUUUUCAUUUGGAGAUGAAGAUCUAGUAGCAGCUGACAGGCCAGAACAAGAUGUUGGAUUGGAUAUGUUAUGGGCUGACUUUGACUUUGCUUUAGAGUCUGAGAAUAUCGGCACUUAUUAUGAUGAUGAGGGUCAAGAAGAAGGCAAUCAGCUAGAUUUUUCUCUUGCCCCAGUAACACCCUGUUCUCGUGGGAAGCAUGAGUUUAUUAUUGAUGAUCAAAUAGGGAUCAGAUGCAAAUACUGUUCCUUAGUAAACCUGGAGAUCAAAUUCAUGUUUCCAUCAUUGGUCUCAGGCUUUGCCGAGAAAUCUGCAUGGCCAAAUGCCAAAGGUGUGAAGGAUACAUUGGUGUUUCAUGAUCUUUAUGAACAAGCAGGCAGUGACAUUGAACAAUCUCAAGAUCUUCAUCAAUAUGGAACGGUGUGGAAUCUUAUUCCAGGGGUCAUCAGUACUAUGUAUGAGCAUCAGCGUGAAGCAUUUGAAUUUAUGUGGACAAAUUUAGUUGGUGAUAUUAGGCUUGAUGAGCUAAAGCAUGGAGCAAAACCUGAUGUUGUUGGUGGAUGUGUGAUCUGUCAUGCUCCAGGAACAGGAAAGACACGAUUAGCUAUUGUAUUUAUCCAGACAUACAUGAAAGUAUUUCCAGACUGCCGGCCAGUGAUUAUUGCACCACGUGGGAUGCUCUUUGCUUGGGAUGAGGAGUUUAAGAAAUGGAAUGUUGAUGUUCCUUUUCAUAUAAUGAACACAACUGAUUACACUGGAAAAGAGGACCGGGACAUAUGCAAGUUAAUAAAGAAAGAACACAGGACGGAAAAGUUGACAAGACUAGUGAAACUGCUUUCAUGGAACAAAGGCCAUGGUAUUCUUGGAAUAAGUUAUGGCCUGUACACAAAACUGACAUCUGAAAAACCUGGCUGCACAGAAGAAAACAAAGUAAGAAGCAUUCUUCUUGAUAACCCUGGCUUACUUGUUCUUGAUGAAGGACACACACCUAGGAAUGAGCGUAGUGUUAUGUGGAAAACUCUAGGAAAAGUGAAAACUGAGAAGCGUAUAAUUUUAUCUGGAACUCCUUUUCAGAACAAUUUUCUUGAGCUUUACAACAUUCUUUGUCUGGUAAGGCCUAGGUUUGGUGAAAUGUUUUUGACGAAAGGAAGAGUGGGUCGAAGGCACUAUGUCUCAAAGAAGCAAAAGGAUAGGUUUUCUGAUAAAUAUGAAAAAGGAGUUUGGGCUUCACUAACUAGCAACGUAACUGAUGAUAAUGCAGAGAAAGUAAGAUCAAUAUUGAAACCAUUUGUUCAUAUACAUAAUGGUAAUAUUCUUCGAACUCUUCCAGGGCUCAGAGAGAGUGUGAUUAUUCUGAAGCCUCUUCCCCUUCAAAAGAGUAUCAUUAGAAAGGUGGAAAACAUUGGUUCUGGUAACAACUUUGAACAUGAAUAUGUCAUUUCUUUAGCUUCUACACACCCUUCCCUUGUAACCGCCAUUAACAUGUCUGAGGAGGAAGCUUCACUUAUUGAUAAACCUAUGCUUGGAAAAUUGAGAUCAAAUCCCUAUGAAGGGGUAAAAACAAGAUUUGUAAUGGAAGUUGUUCGUUUGUGUGAAGCAUUAAGAGAGAAGGUUUUGAUUUUUAGCCAAUAUAUCCAGCCUCUAGAGUUGAUAAAAGAGCAUCUUCGCAAGUUCUUUAAAUGGAGAGAAGGGAAAGAAAUUCUUCAAAUGGAUGGAAAGAUCCUUCCAAGAUAUCGCCAGGCUUCCAUUGAAGCCUUCAAUAAUCCAAAUAAUGAAUCCAGGGUGUUACUUGCAUCUACAAGAGCAUGCUGUGAAGGGAUUAGCUUGACAGGUGCUUCAAGAGUUGUGCUUCUAGAUGUUGUUUGGAACCCAGCUGUUGGAAGGCAAGCCAUCAGCAGAGCAUUUAGGAUAGGUCAGAAGAAAUUUGUAUAUACAUAUAAUUUGAUAACUUAUGGAACAGGUGAAGGUGACAAAUAUGACAGACAAGCAGAAAAGCAUCACUUAUCCAAGUUGGUCUUCUCUACAGAAGACGAGUUCAAUAAUGUUAGGAACAUGCUAUCUAAAGCUGAAAUGGAGCACUGUUCUAAGUUGAUUUCAGAAGAUAAAGUUUUGGAGGAGAUGACUUCCCACGAUCAACUUAAAGGAAUGUUUUUGAAGAUCCAUUAUCCACCAACCGAGUCAAACAUUGUCUAUACUUACAAUCAAAUUACUCCUGAGUGA